AUGCUUCAGUGGAAAGUAGCCCAUGGAUCAAAAUCAUCGACGCCUGCCAUCCGUGUCAAGCAUGUCGACUCGAUCGAGCAUGUCACAGACUUCUCAUCCGCUGCAGACCACACCCUCUCUCUCAAGAAGUUCCAAGAGAUGAACCUACCCAUCACCAUCCCAUCCGAGAAGCCAAUAGCUGGGAUGGACCUGCCGGAGAAGUCCGUCUUUGAGGAGGAGUUUGACUUCACCGCAAUUGAUGCCAAAGACGUGGACGCAGAAGACAAGCGAUGGAAGUUCAAGGGGCCAUGGCUGGCGGGAAUGACUGAAGGCGAAUUCAACAAUUAUCUGAAGAAGCAAGUUCGGAACAGGCGUUUGGAGUUCCGUCAGUUCCUACGGGAACGACUGGCGGUUGAGAUGACACAGUCUGCUCAGGAAAACGCAAUGGACAAGGGCGAGGUCGAUACAUCCCCAGCUGUAAAGGCUAGCGAUAUCACGGAUGAGCAAUUGACCGACUAUCUUCGCAAGCUCCGACAAGACAGGGCCGUUCUGUACAAUAUGGUCGGCCAAUUUCUGGAUCUUGCGCCUAUCCAACCCGCCUCACCCCUCGCCAUCCUCGGUGCCCUUUCUCCUGAUAGCGGUAGAGUCAUGAAGACUGGCAACCCGUACGCAAAGGAAGGACCACCCAUUACACACCCUUCCGGUGGCAUCUCAUAUUUGCGAACCGCAUCUUACCUAGAGAACCACCCGGUUUACGGACCCCAAAAGACUCACUCCCCAAUCAAGUCUAGAAUCCUCUCUCCUAGAAAUCAGACCAUGGGCAGCUUCACGCCCAAGCUUGGUGUUGGUGGUUUUGUCGGAGAUAUUCCUUCAGGCUUCACUGCCUUCAACAUGAAGAGCAUCAGUGGUAGGACCCGAGAGCUAAUUCCGGGCCUCAACGACUUCGACCCGGAGGCCCCGGGAGGCUCCAAGGUCCUUAUCCAGGCCAACGCCGCAAAGAUUGACUCUCAGGGUAAAAUCAUUUUGAAGCUUGGUGAGGCAAGGGAAGAGACAACGCUUGUCGCCAAGGAGAUGGUGGGAGAAGCGGCGAUCUUUGGACAAAAACCACAGGAGGUUGAGGAAGCCCCGGCACCGCAGUCAUACCGGAAGCUCUCUGGCUUUGGGACAAGGGUCAUGGGCAACUCGCAAACAUAUGGCCUGAAUUCUCCUAGCGAGAAAUCUGACACCAGCUGA